AUGGAGUCCCCAUUCUUUGGCCAAGAACCGGAGCCAAAAGCCGCAAGCUUCCAGGGGCGCCUGCAGCUUCAGGAGUACAUGUUCAGCCCGACGGCGCCCCCACCGCCCGGAGGGGGCUCACCUGUGCUGCCCGCGAUACCAAGCCUCCGACCCCCAUCGUCCCCCGCGCCGCUCCGUCGCAGUCCCCGUAAGUCAACCCCACUCGGCCCCGUCUCGUCCCCGAACCGCGUCACCAGACAUCGCACCGCCGCCGGCAGCAAUUGCGCCAGGCACGCGCGGGUGUUGACGCCGGAACCCCUGGCGUCCUCGUCCGCGUCGGCCCCCGGUAUCCUCACGCCGAAACCCGAACCCUUGGAUUGGGACUCCGACGGCCUCGGCCUCGUCCCAUAUUCAAGCACCGUGACACCGGCCGCCCAAGCGCCCGGGGCGAGGCCGAAACGCAAGCGCAAAGCAACAGGCUACGCCCCGCCGUCGACUUACGCCCACCUCCCGCCGCUGACGGAUAUCCUCGCCCCCGGACUCCUGGUCCUAUUCGUGGGGCUGAACCCGGGCCUGCGCACCGCCGCCCUCGGGCACGCCUACGCGCACCCCUCCAACCUCUUCUGGAAGCUCCUCCACUCCUCGGGCAUCACGCCUCGCCUGUGCUCGCCCACAGAGGACCGCGAACUGCCGCGCCUCUACGGCCUGGGCAACACCAACAUCGUCUCCCGCCCGAGCCGCAAUGGCGCCGAGCUGUCCAAGGCGGAGAUGGACGAGGGCGUCGACGUGUUAGAGGACAAGAUCAGAGGCUGCCGCCCCGAGGUGGUCUGCAUCGUUGGCAAGGGGAUCUGGGAGAGCAUCUGGCGCGUCAGGCACGGGAGGGGAAUCCGGAAGGAGGAGUUCCGGUACGGUUGGCAGGACGAGGGGGAGAGCAUGGGCGUUGUCGUCAAGCGGGAUGAGGAGGAAGGUGGCAGUGAUGCGCCAAACGAGGCAUGGGCUGGAGCGAGGGUGUUUGUUGCUACGAGCACGAGCGGGCUGGCUGCUACGCUUCGUCCGGCAGAAAAGGAGAGAAUUUGGAGAGAGUUGGGAGAGUGGUGUGAGAUGAGACGGGCUCAGAAGAGCACAACGGGUGGAUGA